GGUCAUAAAGAAAUUAUAGCCAUCAAGCUCUGGUCCAUUUUUGGAGAGGAAGAAGCCCUUAUAAAACUGCAAACAGCGGGCAGCCCGGUCCGCAGACCUGGGCCAGCUGUGGAGAGGAAGCCUCGUCACCACCAUGAGCUUCUCCGGCAAGUACCAGCUGCAGAGCCAGGAGAACUUCGAGCCCUUCAUGAAGGCAAUGGGGGUGCCCGAGGACCUCAUCCAGAAAGGGAAGGACCUCAAGGGAGUGACAGAAAUCGUGCAGAAUGGGAAGCACUUCAAGAUCACCAUGACCACUGGGAGCAAAGUAGACAAGCAUGAGUUCACCCUGGGUGAGGAGAGUGAGAUGGAGACCAUGACUGGAGAGAAAGUCAAGUCAUUGGUUAAUAUGGAAGGUGAAAACAAGCUCGUGGCAACAUUCAAAAAUAUCAAGUCUGUGACUGAACUCAAUGGGGACACACUGACCAGC